AUGUCUCUUAUGCCAGAAUAUGACCUCAGUUUUCGACAAAGCAUUCUUAAUGCUGAAGAGAAAGAGACUGCUCAUAGUGAGUUUGACUUUUCUGAUGUUCUGACCUUAGCAGAAGUGAAAAAGAUCCAGACAGAGAGUGGAUACUACAAAUUGGAGAUAGUUUAUCAAUGCUAUCUCAUGCAGAAGCUAGAACAUUUUGUUUCAAAACAUCCAGAAAUAGAAUUGAAAUUCUCUAUAUUGGAAAUUAAAGUCACAGAAAAAGAGGAUGACUGGGUGCAAAAUACAUCUAUUGCACAACUCUGUCAAUUUCUGGAGACACUUUUGCAGUCUAAUGUUGAUCGAAAGGAGGUGACAGGGAUUUUGACAACUUGUCACCAUAUCCAAUUUAUCAAAGCAGUAUGCAUUGAAGAUUUCACUAACAAUAGUGAUAUUCAUUUCUUCCAAUCAUCUGUUUUUCCACUCAAGGAAGCUGGAUCUCAUUACCUUACACACUUUUUAAUGGCAAACCCAGAACUUCUUGGUUUUUCACUUCCAACAAUCACAUAUAAAAAUAUCACAUUAGAAGCAACCAAGAUUCUUGGAAUUGGAGCAACUAGCACAGCUUAUUUACUCAACACCAACUAUGUCCUGAAAGUCUACAGACCAACUUAUAGCAAACAAGCACAUGUUAAAAGAGAUAUAUUGCAAUGUUUGGAAGCUGGUGGUAUUUAUCAUAUUCCUCACUUUAUGGAGUGUGAAAAGACAGUGAAGACAAAUGCUGAAUACAUUUUACUAAGUGGUGUUGGAUUGUCCAUAGAUGAGACAGAUAACAGUGUAAAUCAGCAAAUAUUUACAGAGUUGCUUGACAUUCUCAAACAGACACAUAACCUUGGGAUAGCUCAUCGAGAUAUUCAAACAACAUAUCAAGGGACCAUCAAGACUGCUUCAAAUAAUGUAUUGAAACAACUGGGAUAUGGCUGGGAAAAAUUUGCCUCCCAAAAAAUGCAAAAUCGAUUAUAUAACAUGGAUACUGAGGAAUUUGGAUUGAUCAAAGAGUUUUGGAAUAAUGAGUUAAAUACUCCACACUGGAUCAAAUGUUGUGAGGCAGCAGAUAAUGAAGAUUAUGAUAAAUUGAAGCUUCUUUUUAACUAUAUUUGA